AUGACUAGUUCUGAUAGAAUCAAAAGUUCGGUUGAUCUAGGUACUUGGGAGCCUCUGGAUGAAGACAUGGUCUCUAUGGAUCCCAUGAAAUUUCAUUUGCAGGAGGAACCUUAUAAAGAUCGUAUUGAUUUUAAUCAAAGAACAACAAGAUUAACUGAUGCCGUUCAAACAGGCAUAGGUCGAUUAAAUUGUAUUCCUGUAGCAAUCGGGGUUAUGGAUUUUCAGUUUAUAGGGGGUAGUAUGGGAUCGGUAGUGGGCGAGAAAAUCACACAUUUGAUUGAACAUGCUACCAAUAAAUUUUUGCCUCUUAUUCUAGUGUGUGCUUCUGGAGGAGCACGUAUGCAAGAAGGAAGUUUGAGCUUAAUGCAAAUGGCUAAAAUAUCUUUUGCUUUAUAUUAUUAUCAAUCAAAUAAUAAGUUAUUCUGUGUAUCAAUCCUUUCAUCUCCUACUACGGGUGGGGUGACAGCUAGUUUUGGUAUGUUUGGAGAUAUCAUUAUUGCUGAAUCAAAUGCCUAUGUUACAUUUACGGGUAAAAGAGUAAUUGAACAAACAUUGAAUAAGACAAUACCCAGGGUGCACAAGCGGCUGAAUAUUUAUUCCAUAAGGGCUUAUUUGAUCCAAUCGUAUCACAUAAUCCUUUAUAAGGCGUUCUAA